ACAGUGGGGGGCCCUGCGGCUCCAUCCCUCCAACGAAUGUGUAUAGCUGGUCCUUUCAUAAUUCAGACUGUUGCUAGUUUGGUGGUUGCCAUUCCUCUUGAAAUCGUUCUACCAUGUGCAAAUCCGACAAUGGCAACGGCACCAGUGCCGUCGUUCUGCAGAGGCAACAAGUGGAAGAAACCGAGAAACAGUCCUCCACUACUAGCGAGACCAAGAGCAACACAAGCAACGGCUAUGUUAUCAAAGAGCAAACGAUUGGAGAAAAAUUGUUCCAAGCCAAAGAGGACCGCAUGUACUUUCACAAGAUUCUUGGCUUUAGCGCUUUGGCCAGUUAUGCCUAUCGCUUCAUCAAUCUGGGACCCCAAGACGGCAAUUUCAAUGGCAUUACUCCCCUCAUCUUUGUGGUCCACCAUGCCUCUCUCAACUUGUCCAGUUUCGUGUUUGAUAUCCCCCAACGUCGCAUCAGAGGGGGCUUUCGGAUCUGGCCGGAAUACCGAAUUCAUUCCAUGGUCUUUACCUUUCGCAAUCUGGCAUGCAUGUUGCGAUUGUGGAUGCUAUUGAAUAUUGUGAAUAAAGACGACGACACUGUGUGGUACUCGGUGUUGAAUGGCGGCCUGGUCAAUUGGGCCAUUGUCAUUGCCACUUGUGCCGCUGCGGAUUAUGGAAGUUCCCUCAGUGCUCAGUACAAAUCCAACACGGUCCGGGGCACGGAUUACUUUGACCCGUAUGCGAAUUGGUUUGCUAGUGAAAUGCAAUUCCAGCUCACGGCGAUGUGUUUGGCGGGUGGAUACCAGCGGUACUCACUCCACUUGGUGGGGGCCUUUAUCAUCCAAUUCAAUAGCUUCUUGAUGACAAUGAGAAGGAAGAAUCUGUUUAGCCACUUGACACUGACCACAACCUAUGGUGUCAUGCUUUUGGCUUCCAUGUUUGUUGGUUUGUACGAAGAUUAUUUCACCAAUGACCACGUUACCAUUGCUGCAACCUUUGCCAACUUGGGAAUCAUCCUUCGCAUGGGCAUGGGAGUGGACAAGUACAUUGUCUGGACCGUCGUGGCGGCUGGCAUGCACGCUGCCAACACCCUGUUGCCACCGUUCAUGGAUGGGCUACCACGAGACCCUUCCUUUUACUGGACCAUUGCAUUUUGGGUUACCAAGUUCACAUGCUAUGCGUUUGGUGUCCGAAAACGUUCUUUGAUUUUGAAAAAGAAGAAGGAAUUGGCAGAAAGCAAAGACAAGGGCUCCACCACCUUUAACAAGGCGGGAUACGAGGUUGUUGCCGCCGGCUUUGUCGUCUUGUCCGCCUUGGCAACCUAUGACAUGUUGGACAUUUUUGAAGUCAUCUAAAGCUCUGCUGACUGACUGGUUUAGAAUAUUUAUUUUAGAAGUACAAUUUUGCAAAGAUGGAUUGUCACACGAACUAUGCAUAUCUAGCUAGAUGGGGCUUCAGCAGCUAGCUGGUUGUGCAAUAGUGUUCAUACUUGUUGUUGAUGUAUUUGUGUAUAUUUGGGCGUACAGUACGUACGGUAUUCCAGUGCAAAUAGAUUUGAAAAAGUUGCGCUGCAGGGCCAGCACAGCGAAUACAUGAACCGAGUAGU